AUGACCGCCGCCGCUCCGCCCCCAGCUGCCCGCAAGCAGCCCCCGAGUAUCGACGACAUAUUAAAGGCUAAGCGCGAUAAAGAAGCGGCUGCCGCGAAGCCCAAAUUUAUACCAAAAGCGGAGAGGGAGCGCAUUGCGCUUGAGAAGCGGAAGAAAGAAGUGGAGGAAGCGCAAAAGAGGCGAGAGGCUUCAAACGGAGACAGCGAUGUUUGGAGACAAUCGCAAGAGCACAAUCGCACGAAUGGUCACGCCAGUUACAAUGGUCACAACGGCUCGUCCUCGUCCGUACCUACAGGGCCUCGUUCGAUGCGCGAUGCGCCGACUGGACCAUCAUCGAUGCGAAGCGAUCGCAGAAACGGAGACAUGGCACCCCCACCACCGCCAGAUAAGAAGGGCAACAAGCGUCCAGCCGAGGACGCUGAGGCUCUAAUAAGACAACGAUACAUGGGCGCAGAGCAAAAUCAGUCAACAUUUUCAGCCAAGAAGAAGCGCAAGCGAACGACAGAAAAGAAGUUUAACUUUGAGUGGAACGAAGAAGAGGAUACCAGCCACGAUUAUAACCCAAUUUACCAACAGAAAGCUGAAGCAAGCUUCUUUGGACGUGGCAGACUUGGUGGCUUCUCCGACGAAGUUACAGACGCAACAACAAGGAAAAUGGCUGAGGCAAUCAUGGAGCGAGAUCCAGAGCACGGCAAAGAACGGGCUGAGGCACUUCUUGAGAUGGAGCGGCGGCGGAAGGAUAAGAGCGGCCGCGCACAACUAGACAAGCACUGGAGCGAGAAGAGACUGGAGAACAUGCGGGAACGCGACUGGCGCAUCUUCAAGGAGGACUUCAGUAUCGCUACCAAAGGAGGCGGAAUCCCGAAUCCUAUGCGUAGCUGGGACGAAUCAGGACUUCCAGACAAGCUUAUGCGUAUCGUACAUCAGGUUGGCUACACCGAGCCUUCGCCCAUCCAACGCGCGGCUAUACCUAUCGCUCUACAGUGUCGCGAUUUGAUCGGAGUUGCUGCAACAGGUUCGGGUAAGACUGCCUCGUUCGUCCUGCCACUACUCGCCUACAUCUCACAACUACCCCCUCUUGACGCCAUGACCCGUCAUGAUGGCCCGUACGCCCUCAUCCUCGCACCCACGCGUGAAUUGGCCCAGCAAAUCGAAAUUGAGACUCGCAAGUUUGCGUCGCCACUAGGUUUCAGGACUGCUGUUCUUGUCGGUGGUCACUCCAUCGAAGAACAGUCGUUCCAAAUGCGGGACGGAGCCGAGAUCAUCAUUGCCACGCCUGGUCGUCUAGUAGACUGUAUUGAGCGCCGAGUUCUCGUUCUCAGUCAGUGUACUUACGUUAUCAUGGAUGAGGCUGAUAGGAUGAUUGACAUGGGUUUCGAAGAGCCGGUCAACAAGAUCCUCGAUGCGCUACCCGUCAACAACGAGAAACCAGACACCGACGAGGCCGAAGACCCCAAUGCGAUGAGAAAGGGAACAUAUCGCCAAACCAUGAUGUACACAGCUACUAUGCCGCCAGCUGUCGAAAGGAUUGCGAAGAAGUACACACGUCGCCCAGCUAUCGUUACAGUCGGCAACCAAGGCGAGGCUACUGACACCGUUGAGCAGCGUGUCGAAUUCGUCCAGGGAGAAGAGAAGAGGAAGAAGCGUCUCCAGGAGAUUCUUACGUCUGGCGAGUUCUCUGCACCAAUUAUUGUGUUCGUCAAUAUCAAACGAAACUGCGAUGCCAUUGCUCGCGAGAUCAAACACAUGGGCUUCUCAUCCGCCACGAUUCACGGUGGAAAAACGCAAGAACAGCGUGAGGCUGCUCUUGCGUCCCUCAAGAAUGGACAAACUAGCGUGCUUGUUGCCACUGAUUUGCUUGGUCGUGGUAUCGACAUUCAAGGCGUUCAAUUGGUGGUGAACUUCAACAUGCCAGGUAACAUUGAAAGCUACACCCAUCGUAUCGGUCGUACUGGACGUUUGGGUGCGGACUCGGACAAACCUGGUGUUGCUAUCACGUUCUGGGGCAACGAAGAUGCGGAUGUACUCUACGAUCUCAAGCAGAUUCUCAUGAAGAGCCAGAUCAGUAAGGUGCCUGAGGACCUGAGAAAGCACGAGGCAGCACAACAGAAGGGCAAGAAGAGGGGUGAGAUUACGCAAAAGAAUAUCACGUACUGA